UCAAGGGAAAGACUUUGGACCAGAGAUUUACUGCCAGCGCUUUUGGCAUUUCUGCUAUCAAGAGGAAUCGGGACCUCGGGAGGCCCUCAUCCAACUCCAGAAGCUCUGUCAUCAAUGGCUGAGACCAGAGAAGUGUACAAAGGAGGACUGGAAUUGCUAGUCUUAGAAGAGUUCCUGACUGUCCUUCCCUGGGAGAUCCAGAUCUGGGUUAGACAGCAGCAUCCAGAGAGUGGUAGAAGACUUGCAGAAAGAACCUGGAAGACAGGAGUUGCAGCUCUGCCUGAUCCUGGGGCUCUGGGUCUUCCCGUGAAGGAGAGCAGAGGUAACCAAGAGACUGUGAGCAGCUCCCAGGAGUCAGUGACAUUUGGCAAUGUGGCUACAUACGUCUCCCAGGAGGAGCAGAGGCAACCAGACCCUGGAUAGAGGAACCACCUAGAAAUAACUCUGGAGAAUUCUGCAAGUGGGGUCUUACUAGAUUUUCCAAUGCACAGACCCAGUAUAAGCCUCCACAUGGAGCAGGAGGAAAAACUGCAUAGCCCAGAUCCUCAAGAUCCCAGAGGGAAGGAGAGUGUAAGGGACUCCCCAGCAGGUGGGGUAAAAGUCAAGCCUGGCCAGGUGCCAAUCUUGAGAAAUGCUAAGACCUGGGACGAGCUGGAGUGGCAGGGUGUGGAGGAUGAGAAGGUGGCAGGGGUGCACUGGGGCUACAAGGAAACCAAGAUUUUUCUGGGAAUGCUCAGUGAGUCUUGGAUUCAUGAAAAACUCCACACUUGCCAUCAGAACCGUCAGGUGUACUGGGUUGUGGCUGAGAGGCUGCGAGAGCGAGGCUUCCUGCAGACUCUGGAAUAGUGUCGCUACCGGUUCAAAAACCUCCAGACCAACUACUGCAAAGCCAGGAGCAUCCCUAUGCCAGGCGCCUGCCCCUUCUAUGACAAGAUGGAUGUGCUGAUGUGCCCACAGGCUGCCACCCCCAAUCCAGAGGUGGCAGGGGGUCUGCUUGGGCAGAGGGACCAUGAUGGGGAGCGUGAAGAACUGCAGACAGGUUGCUGGAAACAGGAGGAGGUGAUGCUGGCAGAGACUGUGCUAGAAGGCAUAUCAGGAAAGCAGGAGUGGAACCUAGUCCAUACAGCAUUGUCUUUGGAAGAACAGCACUCAGGAGCCAUGACUGAGGAUUCUGAUGGGGAAGAAGUGGGAGGUGAAGAUACAUCUGGAAGCCCUGGUAUCUCAUCCCUGUUUCGCAGUCCCACUGGUAAAACCUUAUGAGCUAAAUGGGAGGGUCCUAGUGUUAAGAGUUUGGAGACAAUCUCAUUCCAAUCAGUUAAUUCAGAGGUGCCAUUAUGGAGUCAGGAAAUAUAAUAGUUUGGAAACAAUAAGGAAAGACUAUUUUUACAUACAAAUGGGAAAUUCCUUUGGUCAUAUAAUUGAGAAAAAGGAAGAGCCAUCAUCUAAGAAUGUUUACAACCUUAAAAGUAAAUAUUGUACAUAUUGUUGGAUGCACUGAUUAAGUCCUGUCACAGAGAAAAAGAACCCAUUUGAUUGUUUCUCAGGAGAUCAUAAUAUGCUGUGAUAGUGAGUGGGGAUCUGCUGCUGUCUUUCCAAAACCAGUAGCACUGUAUUGGCUUAACUGCUGUACCUUUACCCCAAGUGUGCACUGGGGGUAUGAAGAAACAAAAAUUUUCCUAGGAAUUCUUGGUGAGCCCUACAUCCAUGAGAAACUCCACACCUGCCAUCGGAACCACCAGGUGUACUGAAUUGUGGCUGAGAGGCUGUGAGAGCAAGGAUUCCUGUGGACCCUGAAGGAGUGUCGCUACCAGUUCAAAAACCUCCAGACCAACUACUGCAAAUCCAGGAUCACCCAUAUGCCAGGCAGCUGCCCCUUCUAUGAUGAGAUGGAUGCCCUGAUGAGCCCCUGGACCCUUGCUAACACCUUUAAGGCCUGAGAGGUGGCAAGAGGCCUUUUGCGGAAUAGGGGCAUUCUCAGGAGAACUGGGAGGCAGUGCUGGAAGGUGCAAGAGGGGAUGUUAAGACAGCAGAGGAGCUCCAAGAGGAGCCCAGGAGCCUUGGUUCCCAGGCUUUGAGGGUGAAUCCCAAUAGUAAGCCCCUGGCCCCCCACCAUGCACCUCAGAACAGUGGGAGAGAUGAAGUCCUCUGGGAAGCAUUAGGGACCAUGCAUAGAUCAGAAGUGACUUAUUGUCCUGACUCUGCUACCGCUAAUCAGUGACUUCUUUGGGGGAACACUGUUUCCCUUCUAUCCUCAAUAUUGCUAGACACAACUCUCUACUGAACCAUAAGUCCAGGAUGACCCAGGAAGACCAUUUUGAGGAUUAUACUUUGCUCUAUAUGAAAGAUUUCCCUAUCUGCUUUCAGUAACAAUAUUACAGAAAUAGAAAAGAAAGAGUUGGAGUUACUUUCAGUUUCAGUUUUUUGUUUCCAUCUCAGUACCCCAUAGGUAUAAACUCUGCAUAUAUUAUAUACAACUGUCUGCCACUUGAAAACUUUUCUGAUCUUGGGCAAGUUGGUUAAACCCGUUGAGCCUCCAUGUUGCCAUCUGUAAAAUGGGCAUAGUGAUGGCAUGUACCUCACUGUGCUGUCCUGAGGAUCCCAGCUCAUAGUCAGCACUCAGCAAAUGUUAAAUUUCAUUAGUAUCAUCAUCAUAAUUAUUAUUAAAUAGCUAAGUACAUUGUCCUUCACUCCUCCCUUAAGGGGGCAGAUUUCCUGAGCAGUGAAUAAAUGUUUAGAUAAACAGUCAUCUAAAUUUUUUCUUCUGAAAAUGAGACCAUUCUGGGAGGUGCUUCCAGUCUCAUUUCACUUACCUCUUCCAGAUAUGAGAACUGAAAGCAAAUUACAGAAGAACUUCUUGUCCCUUCUUGCUUUUCCUUGAGUAGGACUUCCAGUUCCCCAGCCAGCUGGGAUCUCAGAGCUGGAGAGACGUGAAGAGCUUUGGAAUGGCAAUCUCUGGGACAUCAAGGAAAUUUGGAAAACUUCCUGUACAGGUAGGAAAUUAGUUAAAAACAAGUGUAAGCUAGCAUUCCACCUAAAAAAAAGUCAGACCUGGAGUUCUGAACACAGGCCAGCACUGAGCAAGGGCUGGAGGAGGGAAUUUACAAACAGGAAUGACAUGGUCCAGUGGAGCCAGGCACCUGGCAUUCCUGUGCUGUUUUGCAGUGCUGGAACCACAGCAGUUGGGGGAAGGACAGAGAGGCAGGUGGAACCCAAGAAAACCAGGAAAACCUGUUCUCCUAUUUUGGGGCCUUAGUUACAUUACAGAGUAGAUGUAACUAAAAUUUUUAUCUGAAUUUUAAUUACAGUCAACUAUCACUUAACCACGUUAAUAGAGAAAGUGAACAUGGAUAACUCAAAAUUACAACUACAGCCAACCAUAGAGUGAAUUUCUUAUGGUUAAAAUAAAGAGGGACCUGGGAUGAGCUCCCCUCACUGGUGGGGCUCCAGUCAUUUUUGUCAUUAUUUUAGGGGAUCCAAUCAUAUUCUGAACCAACUGAGAUAGACAUAAGAGUGUGACAUUUGGAGAUUAGACUGCCAGCUUUAUAACUGAUGGAAUUGUUGGGAAUGUGACUUACGUGUGUAAAGACUUACCUUCCUAAUGCUGAAUCCAGCAUUGAGUAGAUUUACCCGACCAGCCACAGGGGCACUAGACAACCACAGACUUCAGCCUGAGGGGACAGAGCCUUCACUACUGAUCUUUUUUUUCAUGCAUAAAAUACAGAGUCCCCAUACAACACCCUUAUUAUUAACACCUUGUAGUAGUGUGGUACAUUUGUUACAAUUCAUGAGAACAUUUUUAUAAUUGUACUGUUAACUAUAGGCUGUCAUUUACAACAGGAUCACUGUUUGUGUUGUACAGUCCUGUUUUUGUUUUUUUAAUUUUUAUUCCAGUAACAUAUAUACAACCUGCUGAUCUUCUGAGGCAUGUAUGCCCAUUUCCUCAUUAAUCAGAUAAGUAAUUCCUCCUACUCCAUACCCAGGGAAGUAAGGGGACAGAGAAAGACCAGGAGAAUUAUUGUAAGGCAUGUCCUUCUACCUGGAAGGAAAUACCAAGAAGAGAGGGGUCGCUUUGUAAUAUUGAUUGCUGGUCCAUAGGUUGGUGGGAGGAGAGGAAGAGUCAAGCUUGGGGGCAGAGUCUCUGAGGAAUGGGGAUCUGCUCUAGUUAAAGAGAAGAAAGGGGCUUAGACCCUGUCUCCUUCCUUUUCUUUAGUUUCUUUUCCAUACGACCUUCUUGUUUAGAAGCUGAGGAAGCAAGUGAGUCCUGGAACCCUGCUGGUCUUAACCAUGGUUCAGCCAUAUUCCAGUUUAUUUGUUCCUAGUUAAUGGAAAGUUGACUAUGUUCUGUCUACUUAAAAACAGUCAAGAGCUUAUUUUGAAGCAUCCAGUGAAGACUACUUUCACAUUUCUUAACUAUGCUUCUGAUUUCAGAAAAUAGGUUACAUUUACAAUUUCAUUUCAUUUGUUUAGAACUUGAAACAAGGACUGAGAAUGAGGAUAAUUGAAGCCAGAGCAUUUCAGAGGAAGAAGAAUUAUCUGGGGCAUUAUUAGAAAGAUCAAAAACAAAUGUUUCCCAAUACUUUAAUUGGAGAAGAGACUGGGAAAGUGAAUAUGGGGCAGAAAAGAAAUGGGAAACAUCCCUAGAAGAUGGACAAGAGUCACUGUUUCCCCCAGAAAGAGACUUGGGUAAACUCACAGGUCCUCAGGGAACCUACGUAGGAGAAAAAUCUAAUAUGUGCUCUGAAUGUGGGAACAGUUUCAACCAGAGCUCAUGCCUAGCUGUCCAUAUAUUAACCCACACUGGGGAUAAGAAACCUUGUAAAUGUAGCCAGUGUGGGAAAAGCUUCAGCUGCAGCUCAGAUCUGAUUUGCCAUGAGAGAAUCCAUACUAGGGAGAAACCCUAUAAAUGCCCUGAAUGUGGAAAGGACUUCAUUGAUCACUCUAACUUCACAGUACACCAGAGAAUCCACUUAGGAGAAAAGCUCUAUAAAUGUGAAGAAUGCUGGAAAAGCUUCAACCAGAGCUUAAGCCUUAUUAUGCACCAGAGAACCCAUACAGGAGAGAAACUCCAUAAGUGUAGUGAGUGUGGGAAAAGUUUCACCAAUAGCUCGCACUUCAGUGUGCACUGGCAAACACACACUGGUGAGAAACCCUACCAGUGCCCUGAGUGUGGGAAAAAGUUCAGUAAGAGUUCCACCCUCACUAGUCACCAGAGGAUCCACACAGGAGAGAAACCCUAUGAAUGUCUUGAAUGUGGGAAAAGUUUCAGUGACCGCUCCAACCUCAUUACCCACCAACUAAUUCACACUGGGGAGAGACCCUAUAAAUGUGGAGAAUGUGGGAAAUGCUUCAAUCAGAGCUCAAGUCUUAUUAUACACCAGAGAAUCCACACAGGAGAAAAACCCUAUGAAUGUAGCGAAUGUGAGAAGCGAUUCAACAAUAGUUCACGUUUUAGUGCACAUCGGAGAACCUAUGUGGAAGAGAAACUCCAAACAUUUCCAGAUACAGAGAAAUGUCUUUAAAGUAUCAAGUCUGGAAACUAGGGAAUCUAUUCCCAAAAGGCAGUUUGUGCUGUCCUUGAUUUUAUAUAGGAGAUAGAGAGAAUGAGAAUCCCAGUCAACAGACCUGAUUUUAUUCCUCUCACCAGAUGCUCACUUGGCUUAUGAAAUGCUAUCCUGGGGCUUCUUAGCCAUGUUAUUGGAAUGGAAGACAAUCUCCAGAGAAUUCAGAGACUAAUUCUGAAAUGGACUACGCUGUCAUCUCAGUGUGUCUUCAUUGUGAUUCUGUGCCUUAAUUUUCACAGCAUGGUGACAGGAGGGGAUGUGAUUCCAGUCCUAGAGAUCCUCCUUUGAGGGCGGAGGAGGAUCUGCCCUCCUGCUCUGAAGAGGGUUGGGUCAGCUGUCCAGCUGGGUUGGGGCCCAGCAAUGGCUGGGGAGUUUCUUUUUAGAACUGGGCGGCUAGAUAAGGGUGUAUUUUCUUAACUAAAUUAAUUUUCAACGAUUUUCCAUUGUUUUCCCUGUGGGGGGCACUGGGGCCCAGCAUAUGUCUACUUUUCUCAUAUUGCUUUUCUUAGGAUCUACAUGUAGUUAUUUGAGAGGAAAGUAUUCUGUUAUAUUACGUGAAGGAGGGAAAAAGAUCCCUGCUAGAGACUGGCUUUCUAAAUCAUAAACUACUCCUGCUCUCAACAUAUUAAGCUAAUAAACCAUAUGAAAUUGUUAUUUUUGAUAUACAAAACUAGCAGUUUCAUAUGAUUCAACCUAAAUAGAAUUUGUUCAUAGUGGAAUUGCUCCAUAUUGUCAGCUGUGUUGCUGUAAAGCCUUAGAGCUCAUACUGUAUCCUAAAAAUGUGGGACUCAGUCUAGAAGACUGUGAACCAGGAUAGUGAGGUGAGUAAAGCUUUUUCUCUUGGUGUAUAUGUUCAGAGCAACAACUAGGAACCAUGGCAUUGAUUAGGAGGUCUUCUAGUUGGAGGAUUUACCAGAACAUCACCUGCCUUUGAUGAGUCCAUUGGUUCCUCUCUCUGCUUGGCUCUCUGAAUCCUCCGGGGAGGCUGCAUGUAGGUGAACGGGUUUCUGGCAGGUCUGGGCAUCUCUACCAGAGCAAUAACUUAUGAUCUACAGAACCAAUGGGGCUUCAAAAUAAAAGGAACACAGUUCCUUCUUAAUAAAAUAGUUCUCUUUGUGUGUUUGAUUUUAACAUAUUUUCACACAAUUGUUCGGAAACCUAUCAAUUAUAAAACAAACACAAUCUACAUAAUACAAUGAUAUCUAGUUAGGCUUACGAAAUAAGGCUAUUAAAUAAUGAGACAUUAAAAAGAUUUUAUUGUGGCAACAUAUAUACAUAACAUUUCCUAUUUUAACCACUUUAAACAAUUCAUUGGUAAUAAUUACAUCUACAGUGCUGUGCUACCAUCUCCACUAUCCAUUAUCAAAACUUUUCCAUCACCCCAAACAGAAACUGUACAGUAAUGAGAUUUUUUUUUUUAACAUAAAAUAACUUAUCCAAAUAAGGUUGUGUGUCAAAAGUAGUCAAUUUUAUGGGCUGUGGACUUUAUGUUGUUGCCAUUAUUUAACAUUCUUUAAAUUUUUCUUUAGUGAUUGUCUUCAAACCACAUUAGAAAGCCCCUCACUUCCAUAUAUUUCCAGCACUUAGUGUUUUGCACAUGGGAAGGGCUUGAUAAAUCCUGGUGGAAUGCAUACCUGGUUUAUUAUCUAGGUUGAUUACCUAAUCCAUGAGACCUGGCUUUGCCCAAUUACUGCUUUCCAGAAAUCAAAU